AGCAAUUAUUAAACAGUCAGUUUCAUUAAAACCUGCAGACCAGUAACAAUAGCAAGUAAAACAUAAAUUUCAAUAAAACCAUGUUUAAAUUUUGCACUUUAUGUUUCGUUUUAAAUGCGUUAAUUGUACCCACGGUACUUAGUCAAAAUAAUAACGGCUCACCUGAUUUAACAUUAGAAAUCGAUGCGGAAAUACAAGAGGCUUUUAAAUUCUCAAAUGUGGUUAGUUUAGCCAUAGAAGAAUAUAUACGUGAGGCUUUACCGCUUGAAGCAAAACCGGAAGGCGAGAAAGUGCUACAAAACGUUAAAGAGGGUCUGACAACUUGUGAGUCAUUCGUGCAAACAACCCUCGAUAUAUGGCAGUAUAAAGUGUGUAGUUCAUCGCUGUUACGUGAUGGCAUGGCCGCUUUAGGAGCAUUGCAGGCCAAAUAUAGGCCAUAUACAUCGGGAGCAUCGAGAAUGGGAUUAUUUUGGUAGUGAAUACCAUUAUUGAAUAGAAAUUUUUUUAUACAUAUUAUAUUAAAGUUGGUCAAUUUGUAUGGAUAAAAAAAUGCACCAAGCGGUUAUCAAAAAUUUUAAUAUAAAAAGUUUAGCGAUUUUAAACUGAUUUCUGAGCAAUUAUUUUAAUUUUACCUAAUAAAGUCUAUAAAUGUGAAUUGGGAA